GCAAUACUUGCAGCGACAUUGGUAAAACGAUAAUAGAAAAAACUCUCGAUUUUUGGAUGAAGAUUUAAUUAUUAAAAAAUAAUCGUUGUGUCUAUAAGAAAUAUUCUAAAAAUAUUCAACGACUAAUAUCAACGUUAUAAAAAAUUGUUUCAAAAUGAGCACAAAUCUAUCAAAAAAGAAUAAUAUGAAAUUAUUUAGUCAUUAUCAAUAUCAACAACUUAUAGUAGAUGGAAAUAAAUAUUUGAUUGGUGCAUGCAAAACAGAUGAGUUUCUACAUAUUCUGCUUACAGAUCUAACAGAUUUUUAUGAAGAAAAAUUAUCAAAAGAAGAUAGCAUGAAAAGAAUUGAGGAAUUAAAUCCUCUUCUACUUGACUGUGAUAUUGAUGAAAUCCUUGAUGAUCUAUUAGUGAAUAUUCCAAAAUAUACUACCUCUUGUAGCUUGCAAUAUAUAGAACUUGAAAACCAAAUUGAAGGUGGAUGCUUUUGGUUUCGAGUAAAUUUAACAAAAGUAAAUCCACAACCAUUUCUUGAUCAAUAUACAGAAAAUUUCUACACUUGUUUGUCAGAACUUUAUCAUAGAUAUAAUUGCUUAUUGGAUUUAGUAAAAAAAAAAGAUAAAGAAAUUGAUGAAUAUAAAACACAAGGAGUCAAAAUAAAUAAAAGGAGUUUAGUGACAGAUCCAUUCAAUGAGAAAUUUUUUGAAACCAAACUAAAAAAUGUAGAGACUAAACAGAAAAUGGAUAUAUUUUUAGAGACUAUGAUUUUUUUAAACUCAAUUAAAAAAUCCAAUUUAAAUGAUCCUUCACAAAAAAAUAAAUCUGUGCAUAUUGAAUCAGAAGUAACUGUAGGAGUUUCCAAUCAGCCUUUUACAAACAAGGAAAUAGCUGUAAAAAGGCCACCUAGUAGUGAUAUGAGAUGUGCUGUAAUUCCGAGAAUUGCGAAAAAAGCCAAACAGUCUAAGCAAAACUCAUUUUUACAGCACAUUUAAUAUCUAACUGAAAUA